AUGACUUCAUCGUUUACUUAUUCUUGUGUCGCUUACGGGCAACAAUACGUUUAUACUAAAUUUUCACAAGGCGUUAUGACUCUCGGUGAAAUCUAUAUAGCUCUCAUAUAUGGUCUUAUCGAUCCAACAUGCUUGCCUUCAAUGGCUAUUAUUUAUUAUGAUAAUAAAAUAUGGUGUACAGAUACACGCCGAUUAACAUUAGCAAAAGAAUUGGAAAGACAAGGUGAAUGGGAUGUACUCAAAUCGAUGUGUAUUCAUCAAGUCGAACCGAAUACUUCUCAAUAUCGAGAUUUUGUCGAUCAUCGAUUACCCUCGAUGCUUCGUAAGAGACUGAAUGGUUUAACUAUUCAAAGUAAUGAAUUACUUGAAGUUAAAUUGAAAAUGAUCGAAAAACAUGAUAAAUUAUAUUCAAAAUAUUCACGUGCAAAUGCGAAUAUGUUCGAAUAUGUCAUUCAUCAUGAAAAAGACAAAAUUAUCAAUAUUACAAAUGAAUUAAAAAUUGAUAUGGAAAGACAAUGGUUUGUACUUGAUUAUCUUUACGAUAACUUAUCAUUUCAAGAAGAUAUACUUGGCAAAUCAUGUACAUUUAUAAAUAUAGCUAUCUAUUACCUAUUAAAUGGAACUAUUACAUUCAUCAUUCCAUUGUAUCAUCACUUAUCGACGUUGACUGACUCGAUUCAUACGAUGCUAGUUUCUUAUAUACGUUGGUUAAGAUUGAUAAAAGAUUACGAUUUGAUUAAACCAAUACUUGAAGAGUAUGAUGAACGAAUCAAUGCCGAACAAAUAGAUUUGAGUUCUGAAUUACAAAUUCGAGAUCUUUCAUUUCAAUAUGAAGGCAAACGAGAAGCAUUUCAUUUGCAAUUUCAUGGUACAUUGACAUUCAAAAUGGGAGAAUCAGUAUUAGUUACGGGUAAAAGUGGAGCAGGUAAAUCGACUUUCUAUGAUAUUUUAAAUGGUUCAAUACCAGCAAAGGACUAUACGGCUGAGAUAAAAAUUGACAACAGACAAGAAUCAAUGACUCUUCAUUCAAUUGAAAAAUGCCGAACAAUGGUUUUACAAGAUAGUCACAUGGAUUAUCGAUCAACUAUCUACAGUAUGAUUACAGAUAUUGAUGAAGAUGAUGUUAAACAAAAGAGAACGUCAGAACUCGAUUCACUUGUAUGGGAGUUUCUUCGUCUCGUUCAAAUCGAUGAUUUCGUUCGAAACGAACUCAAUGGAGAUCUCGAUGAAGAAAUGGAAAAUAAACUUAGCGGUGGACAAAAGACACGAUUAUUAUUGGCACGAGCAUUGUAUCGUGCUUAUCAACGUCAUGCUUCUCUACUUAUUCUCGAUGAACCUGAUCAAGGUUUACCUGCUGAGACAACAGUGAGUAUUAUUGACAACAUUAUGAAAUGGUAUCGACCAAAAGGUAUUCUUAUUCUUACGUUACACACUGAACGAGCACAGUUACUCAACUUUGAUCAAAUCCUACAUAUCGAACAAGGAACUAUAACAAAGAUCAAAUAA